AAAAAAAUCAUGAAAAGGAGCUUUUUUGUCGUCUUCAUCUUGUAAGUCAAUCAAGCAACGAUCAAAUCCAAAUAUCUGUAGAUUCUCUCUCGAUCGUGGUAGCCAAAAGUAGGAAACUGAUCAUCAGACUCUCUUUUCACAAUCGUCGAUUCAGAUCUGAUGGAUCAACGAGAUUCCAAAGAGCCACACAGUUUGACUUGAAAAUCUGAGAGCAGCAGUAGCUAAAGGUCGGAGAUGGAGGCUCCGGUUCUUUCGAAGCCGCACAGGUACAAGCACGACGUCUUCCUCAGCUUCCGAUCCGAAGAAGAAGAUGACUUCUCAGAGCGUCUAUGCAACGCGCUAAGAAAGGAGGUCCGUGUCUUCCGCGACAACGAAGGCACUGAGAUCAACAAAAGACUCGCUGAAGCCAUGGAGGACUCAGCAGCCUCCGUCGUCGUCUUCACCCGCCACUACGCGGACUCUCGAUUGUGCCUAGAUGAACUAGCAAUGCUCUGCGAUCUCGGAUCAUCUCUGGAUCGUCCCAUUUUGCCGAUAUUUUACAAGGUCGAUCCCUCUCACGUGCGCAAACAGAAGGAUCCUUUCGAAAACGAUUUUAAAGAACACGAGAAAAUAUUCAGCGUGGAAGAGGUACAACGAUGGAGAGACGCUAUGGAGUUAGUUGGAAACCUAGCUGGAUAUGUCUAUAGAAAAGACUCUGUUGAGGAUGACAAUGACACGAUAAAGCUUGUGGUGAAGAAGGUUUUAGCUCAAGUGAGCAAUACACCAGAGAAAGUUGGAGAAUACACGGUUGGGCUGGAAGCACGUGUGGAGGAUAUGAUGAAACUUGUGGACGUUAAAUCCACUGGUGACGAUGUUCAGAUCCUUGGACUUUACGGUAUGGGUGGUAUUGGGAAGACUACACUUGCUAAACGCUUCUAUAACCUGAUCCUGGAGAACUUUGAGGACCAUCGAGUUUUCAUCUCUAACGUUAGAGACAAAUCAUCAGACCAAAAUGGCUUAAUCGAUCUACAGAAGACUUUCAUCAAGUCACUUUUCGGUACGGUGCCUGAGAUAGAAGAUGUUAACAGUGGCCGGGACAAGAUAAGAGGGAGAGUUCACGAGAAGAAGAUUCUUGCGGUUUUAGAUGAUGUUGAUAACGUAGACCAGGUUGAUGCCUUGGUUGGUGAAAGAAGUUGGUAUGGUGAAGGGAGUCUUAUCAUCAUCACCACCAGAGAUGAAGAGGUUCUGCGUAAGCUCUCUGUGAGCGGAAAGUAUGAGGUUAACUGCUUGACUGAGGUGCAGGCCUUGAAUCUGUUUAGUUAUCAUUCACUAGGAAAACAAGAACCAACAGAGAGUCUUAUGGAGAUAUCAAAGAAUAUUGUCAAGAUUACGGGGAAGUUGCCGCUUGCUGUUGAAGUGUUUGGUUCGCAUUUGCGUGACAAGAAGGAAGAUGAAUGGGUAACUGAACUAGAGAAGCUGAAAAAUAUCCAACCAGGCGAUCUUCAGGCUGUUCUGGCGCUGAGUUUUGAAGCUUUAAACGAUGAAGCGAAGACAGUCUUCCUCGACAUUGCGUGUCUAUUUCUUAAAAUGGAGAUGGCCAAAGAGGAAGUCAUGGACGUACUGAAAGGUUGUGGGUAUAACGCUGAGGCUGCUCUCGGUGUGCUAAGACAGAAGUCUCUUGUUAAAGUAUUGUCAGACAAAGACAAUACUCUUUGGAUGCAUGAUCAGAUCAGAGACAUGGGAAUGCAGAUGGUCCUUAAUGAAAACCGUGAGGAUCCUGAAAUGCGAAGUAGGCUAUGGGAUCGUGGUGACAUCAUGAAUGUUUUAAACUAUAUGAAGGGAACAACAUCCAUCCGAGGAAUCGUAUUAGACUUCAAAAAGAAGUUUGUGAGGCAUACAACUGCAGUCGAAAUAGCGCCGAGCAAUCCACAAACCAAUCCAGGCAUCAGCUCUGCGGUUAGCUACGUGAAGAACAAGUUCAUAAGAUUUCCAGAAGAGGAAAAGCCUAAAACUUCUGAAAUCACAAUUCCUGUAGAGCCUUUUGCACCGAUGAAGGAGUUGAGACUUCUUCAGAUUAAUCACGUGGAGCUUGAAGGAGAUCUUAAACUCCUCCCAUCUGAGCUCAAGUGGAUACAAUGGAGAGAUUGCCCAUUAAAAGAUGUCCCACCGGUUUUACUUGCUGGGAAACUUGCUGUUCUUGAUCUUUCAGAGAGUGGAAUAAGAAGAGUCCAGACUUCAUGGUUCAAAAAGGAAGAUGAGAACUUGAAGGUUGUAAAUCUGCGCGGUUGCCACAGCUUAGAAGCCAUUCCUGAUUUGUCAAACCAUAAAGCCUUAGAGAAGCUUGUUUUCGAGGGAUGCAAGCUUCUGGUGAAGGUUCCUAGAUCAGUUGGUAAUCUAAGUAAACUGCUUCACCUGGACUUCAGUUACUGUACAAAUCUUACUGAGUUUCUUGUGAAUGUUUCUGGACUGAAGCAUCUUGAAAAACUCUUCCUCUCUGGCUGUUCAAACCUGAGUGUGUUACCAGAAGACAUCGGUGCCAUGACACGCUUGAAAGAGCUUCUUCUUGAUGGAACCGCGAUAAAGAUCCUACCAAAAUCUAUUGGUGCCCUUAAAAGUCUUGAAAAGCUUAGUCUAUUCGGCUGCAGUUCUAUUCAAGAGCUACCUAAAGGAGUGGGAACAUUGACAUCACUAAAGGAGCUAGAUGUUAGUGAUACUGCAUUGAAAAUCCUUCCAAACUCUAUUGGAGGUCUGUUAAAUCUCAAGAAGCUACAUCUGAUGCACUGCACAUCCCUUACUAAGAUUCCCGACACUAUCAACGAGCUCAAAUCAUUGGAGGAGUUUUUCAUCAACGGAAGUGGAGUGGAGGAGCUGCCUGUAAACCUUGGAUCACUACAAUGUUUGACUGAACUUUCAGCAGGAGGAUGCAAAUCGCUGAAACAGAUUCCAACUUCAAUCGGUGGAUUAAAUAAACUUCUCCAACUUGAGUUGGAUCACACUCCAGUUGUUACUCUACCAGAAGAGACUUGUGACCUGCGGUUUAUUCAGAAACUUGAACUGAGGAACUGCAAAUCCCUCAAGUUUCUGCCUAAAUCAAUAGGAGGUAUGGACACACUCAAAUUUUUAUACCUCACAGGCUCUGACAUCGAAGAACUUCCUGAAGAAUCUGGAAAGCUUGAGAACCUAGUACUACUCCAGAUGAACAAGUGUCAGAAGCUCAAGAGGCUUCCUAACUCAUUUGGAGACUUGAAGUCUCUUUACCAUCUGUACAUGGAGGAAACUUUGGUGGUGGAGUUGCCAGAGAGUUUUGGAAACUUAUCCAAGUUAAUGACAUUGAAAAUGAUGAAGAAACCUCUCUUUAGAAGUGAUACUAAAGGUACAAGUGCAGAGCCGGGUUUUGUAAUACCAAACUCUUUCUCAAAUCUCGAGUCCCUUGAGGAAGUGGAUGCUCGUAGUUGGGGAAUCACUGGUAAAAUCCCGGAUGUUUUUGAGAAGCUUUCUCGUGUGAAGAUACUCAACCUUGGGAAUAAUUGUUUUCACAGUCUUCCUUCUAGCCUCGAGGGGUUAACAAAUCUCAAAGAACUUAUAUUGUAUGACUGCCGAGAGCUCACCUGUCUUCCUCCUCUUCCGGUUAACCUGGAGAAGCUUAACCUGGCUGACUGCUUUUCGUUGGUGAUUGUAUCCAACCUUUCGGAGCUGACCAUGUUGCAAGAACUCAACCUCACAAACUGUAAGAAAGUGAAAGAUAUUCCAGGACUAGAGAACCUGAAGGCUCUGAAACGGUUAUACAUGAGCGGAUGUAACUCCGAUUGCUUCUCAAAGAAAAGACUCUCCAAGGUCUUUUUGAAAAAUCUGAGGAAUUUGAGCGUGCCUGGGAACAAAAUCCCAGACUGGUUCAGGCAAGGACCUGUCAGGUAUUCAGCUCAACCGAACAGAGAGCUGAGAGGCGUAAUCAUUGCUGUUGUUGUGACCGUUAACCAAGAAAGCAAAGAUGACUUCCAUGUGCCUGAUGUGUUGGGGAUCCAAGCCCAAAUUCUCGAACUUGAUAAAGUUAUAGUCAACCACACGUUGAACCUCUCUGGAGUGCCGAUAACAAGUGAUGAUCAACUCCACAUCUGCCGGUACUCGCAUCACUUCCCAAUGGUUUCGAUGUUGAAAGACGGGUACACCAUACAAGUGAUCAAACAGAAAAUGCAAAUCAAACAAGACGUUCAGCUGAAGAUGCAUGGGAUCCAUCUGGUUUACGAGGGGGAUGAUGAUUUAGAAGCCGAAGAAAGGUACUGUGUAACGGAGACGAUGCAAACCGUUUCUCAGAAACUUGCCAACUUUUUCAGCCCUUCAAAAGAAGGUGAAGCUAGCUCACAAGGUGGUUCUACUGUUACAUGAUAUUCACCCAAACCGUUUAUACAUAAAAAAACAAAACAAAAAGACAAAAAAAAAUGUGUUGUUCAUAUUUGAAGACAUGGUGUGCUUGGGUUCUGUGUUUUUCUUUCUACGUUUUUUUUUGGUUUUCCUCCUUGCAAAACUAUUCUCAAGCUUGUUUGCUUCUUUAACUUUGCUUUUACAAUCAAUAUAAAAAAAAAACAAAAAGAGGAGACUCUUGUUUCCCAUGA